CUGGUAAAUCGCACUAAUUGAUGCAGGUUGUAUGGCUUUUGUCCGAGCUGUUCUAUAUACCGACGAAGAGCCACGAAGAACCCGAUCGAUCACGGAGAAUGACGCUGGAUUAUCUGGUAGACUUGCGAAGACCACAAGAAUUGCGUAGUUCUUCCACCCACAUGGUAGUAUAUAUCUGGAGCAUAAAUUGGGCUGAUAUCGCUGUAAAACAUGUCUUUCUGUCAUCGGAACAGAGAUGACACAGAACAGAAGCGCGAGCGUCCGAAUAACAGCCAAUAUCAACCAUCUUAGCUCAACUACCUUAGGUAGUACUGCAAGCCCGAUGAAGGAAGUUAUCGAGUUUAAGCUCAUGUCUGAGCCCAUAUGUCCAAGCAUUCUCUCAUUGUACAUCUCGACAUCCGCAACCAGAGACCCGGUUACGGAUAUCAUUGACACUUCACAGAAUACGAUUAUAGGUACCCGAACUUCUUUUGUAACAUUCAAUCUGGCCAUGAGCUUAGUCUUGUUGCAUCGUGCCAGAUUUUGCUGUGAAGGUGUUAUCUCAUGGUCAAUGAUACAAGCUUCUUCCGUGCGAGGGUCCAUUACUCAGCAACCCGAGCCACAGACACAGGAUGCCGGAAUUUCAUCAUGGUUCAUCUUCGUUGUUGAAUCGGUAACCAUUCCUCGUCAUUUGCGAUUUGUAUAUAACCUUCGACCGUUGGCUGGACUGAAAUUAGAGCAUGCUUUCUUUGACAGAGCUCCAAUGGAUAUAUUCAGCUGCGCGGUAUAUGCUUUAGUCGAAGACAUUGUUCCGCGACAAGCAUGGCACUUGACAGUUUCCGAAGUAUAG